GCCACAAUCGCCCACUUUCCAUCUCCAAUCCCCCCCGUUUCCAUCUCCCAUCAUUUCUCAAUUCCAGUCUUUGAAAAUCCUCCAAAACAAUGUCAUCAAUCACAUUCCAAUACCUAAUUCCCCAUCAUUCCCACAUUUCAACUCCCUGUUAUUCGCCUAAUUCCCACAUUUCCUGCUAUCUAAAACCCCCCAACAAUCUAAUCAAAACCCCCAAACACCCCUUCACAAUUCUCCCCUACCAUUCCCAAACCCUGAAAUCAAUUCCCUUCAACUCAUUCCAUCCACUCAAAUCAUCAAAUUCCGAUUCCGUCCUUUCCCCAAACACAGAUGAUAUAUUAUACAUAGCUGAAUUCAUUUCCCUUACUUCAUCAGCUAUCCUUUCCAUAGCCUUUGUAUUAAAUAAUUUCAUACUUAGUUCUAAAAAGCCGGUUUUUUUAGAGUUUGUCGGAACUCGGGUUUAUUCGGUGUGGCAGCCGGUUUUAUUGAUUGUAGGGAUUGUGAUUGGAGUUGUUAUUAGGAGACGGGAAUGGCGGAGGGUUUGUUUAGGGUUUAGGAAACCGGGUUCCGGUUCCGGGGAGAAUGUGGUUAAUUUGGUUGAGAGAGUUGAGAAAUUGGAAGAGGAUUUAAGGAGUUCGGUUUCGGUUGUCAGGGUUUUGUCUAGGCAGCUUGAGAAAUUGGGGAUUCGGUUUCGGGUUACUAGGAAGUCUAUGAAGGAUCCCAUUGCUCAGACUGCAGAACUGGCUCAGAAGAAUUCCGAGGCCACGCGAGCACUGGCCUUGCAAGAAGACAAUCUGGAGAAAGAGCUUGCUGAAAUUCAGAAGGUUCUAUUGGCAAUGCAGGAUCAACAGCAAAAACAACUUGAACUUAUUCUUGCCAUAGCCAAAUCCGGGAAACUGUUGGACAACAAACCUGUACCCAGUCAAGAUCAGAAGAAGGUUCCAAAUGUUAACUUAACUGGAAGUAGUAUAUCAGGUGGAAACAGAUGAAAAUCAAUUUUUCACUUGCAAAAAGAUGGCCAACAACGAUGUCCUUGCAAUAUGGAACGUGGAUUUUUAUCCUGAGUAAUUACACUUAUGUCCCUUAAUGGACAAAUGUUGAUGCUUGAUUUUGUAUAUUUUGAGGCACUUCUACCGUGAACUCUGCAUUUUGACCAAAUGUUGACCAGCUGAUGUUGAAUCAUGCCUUUUCCUUAAGAAAGAUCUGCUCAGCACCGGGGAAAGUAAGGAAGGAUGAGACUUCUAUUUACCCAUUCCCUUUUAUAAAGGAUACAUCGUCAUACUUUGUAAAUUGCAGCAAGCAUCACAUGUUCUUGUUGUAGAGUAAGAGGACCCUGACUCUCCCAACACAAACAUUGUUAUCGAUGUAAACAUU